CGGCACGCCGGAUUCAACCGUAAGACACGAUCAACGAGAGGAAGUAAACAAAUCCACUGCUCCAGUGGUGCAACCACCGUUGCCGCCAAACCCCCCGCCGCCAGAAAGUCCUCCAAUAAUCAAUUUAAAAAGGAAAUUGAAGAUGACGAAUAUGGCACAACUGAGAGCAACGGAGAAUUUAAUCAUGCAGAAAGUCUUUUAGCAGAAUCGAUUAAAACAGAUCAAUCGGAAGUAGCUGAUAAGCCAGAAGUUACAAUGUGUAGGAACUUUGCGCGGGGCACUUGUAAAAAAGGCACGGCAUGCAAAUUUGCUCAUGAGCUGAUUCUGUCACAGUUACCAGGAGUUUAUACAUUUUGCAGAAAUUUCCAGAAUUCGGUAUGCACUUAUCCUAAAUGCAAAUUUGUACAUGCUACAGUAUUUGAGAAAGAGCAUUUUUUUAGAACUGGAUAUUUGCCACCUCACACAUUAGCCCACCUCAAGGAAACCAAUGUUUUGCAACCACCACCACCGCCGCCCCCGCCAGAAGAAACAGCCACUGAUGUUUCUCAAGUAUUCGCAAAUGGUCCACCUCCGCAAACGAUGCCAUGCAUUACUCCUGGACCCGUGUUGACGUGUGCCCCAGCCCCAUCAUUAGAAAUUACGGGUGACACGAAUAUUUUCAGAACAGGAGUUACAUCAUCCAGCUCCCCUAAACGCGAGUGGAGCGAUAGCGAUGACUUCAGCAGCUCUCCGCGCGACAUCGACUCGAGUGAGCCUCUCGCAAAGAAAUGCAAAAGUUGCGAUAAUAAUGAGUUCAGAUAUCAGUACAACAAGUUCAAGGUGGAGAAGAUGAUGCGCUCCACAGAAGACAUGAACAACAAAAUUGCAGCUCUUAAUAAAAAGAGUAGCCGGUUGUACACUGUGCUGGUAACUCUGUUCAAACCUAAGACUCCUUCCGGCAAUAAUGGUUUAAAUAUCAAUCCAGAAAAGGAGGAUAAGAUGCUGGUUGAGAAUAUAAAUAGGAUAAUAGCAGGAAACAUAAGGAUCCCUCAUAAUGGAGAAGAAACUAACUUGUUUCAGAGCAUGCUCGCAAAUCCCGCCAACGUGACUGCUAUUCUGGCAAAGAUUCUCCUGAGCAAUGGCAACCCUUCCGUACCACCGGACUCUUCGUGAUGUAUGUAGAAGUGCGUGUGCUCAGUGCGCUACAAGGAGCUUGCACUAAGUAGGCGAUACUUCUAUAAUAUGUCCUCCGUUUUCAGUUCAGAGUUGAUAAAUAUUAAUGACGUCACUAUUUUAGCCUACCUCAAUAUAAUUAUGAAAAUGUAUAAAAUUAAUUAGCCCAGGAAAUGGUAGACUAAUCAUUCUAUCUGCUUAUGAAAAAUAUCCAUUCAAUUCAAUAUGUACCUAGUUCCAGAUGAGUUAUUAUUUAAAUUUUAUUAAGUAAUGGAUAUUUUUCUUGAUAGAAAAGUCUACUAUUCCUGGGCUAUAAAUGUUUCCGUGUAUUAGUUUGUGCUGUCUUUGUUCCUCUUAAGUCAUUAAUAAUAUCAAGCAAUAAGUGAGUUACUAAACAAAUAUGAUCUAUGCUAAUGUAUUGUUUAAUGAUUAUAUAAGGAGAUAAUUUAAGGCACAUAAUAUUAAUAAGUUUCAGUAGUCAUGAGCAUAAACAUAUUUUUACUAAACUCAGUUUCUUUAGGUAUUGAAGGUAAACAAAUAUAUAUAUUUUAUACAAUAACAUAUUAAAUAAAUAAACGAUGGAUAUGGUCCCCUUCUAUAUGGUUUAGUAAUCUUUAUUUUUGUUUCACAUUGGUUUUUAAACAAAAGUCACUCCUUAAGUAACUAAGUAAAACUGCAUUUUUAUUCGUCCAAAGGACCAGUUGGCUAUCUGUGUGCUCAAAUAACUCACAAAUAGCUGAUGGUAGCAUCUCAUAGUAAUAACUAUGCAAUACAAAAAAAACAAUGUUUUAGAGCUUCACAUCUUUUUGCUUUGGAAGGUUUUCACUGUAAUACGAUGCGUCUGAAACAUUAUAUUAUGUCUAUUUUAGUUCGAACAGGUAACAAAAUCGAUGCCGAUGUGCCCAUAGUAGUAUAUUUAUGCUCGUGACUGUACAUGGCAAGAAUCAGCCAAUCAAAAUAUUUUUAUACGAAAGGAUUAUUAAAAUAAUAGCAUUAUUAGUCUUCGAAAUGUUUUAAAUAUUCACAAUUUUCAUGGCAAUAUUUUUAUGUUGUACAUUAACAUAUAUAUUUGCUCGUCGUAGUGUCAAAAUUGAUGUUGUUGUGCCUUAAACCUGGUUUGCAUCGCUAACGAAGAAAUCGAGUAUGUAAAACGUUUCGAAGACUUAUUACAGAUUUCUAUAUUUUAUAGUUGUGUUAUUGGCAGUAAACAAAUAUAAUUUAUGGACAAUAGAGACUUUGAUAUAUUAAAGUUUACUGCCUUCCAUACAAUGAGAGAUUAUUGUAAGUGUUACAACGACAUCAACCUGUGUGAUUUAUGACGAUUGAUAUACAUUCAGCGAUGCCAAUGUCCGUUGUCUGUUUUACGCUUAUUUAUAAGUAAUAGCAAGGCUGAUCACCGCCUGCGUGUAUAACAAUGUUUUCAACACUAAACACAAUAUAGAUUUAAUAGAAAGCUAGAUUAAUCUGUUUAGAAGAGUAAUUGUAUGAAUAUAAGGAAAAUAGUCCAAAGACAUUAUUGUAUAUUUAUCAACUCUGGCUAGAAUAGUUUUAGUAAUGACCAAAAAUUGUCAUGACGGAAUGCGAUUAUUACUUAUUGAUUACUACAAACGUUUUGGUGUUAUGGUUUUCCUGGUUCCAAAAAAAUCAAUUGGUUUGAUACAGUCCAUAAUCAUUGACAUAAGUAUUUUUAUAUGAUAGUUUUUUUUAAACUAGUAUGUAAACUGACUUUACCAUGAACUUUUUACGUUUUACGUGAAGUACGUCAACGUAAUUCUGUUUUAUUUUAUAAGGACAUAUGAGGACUUGAUUUGAACGGUUAAAGAGUGUAUCCCGAGAUCUAAUGAAUUUUAUUGCAUGUGUUCGCGUUAAAUCUGAAAUGUGUUUUAAAGGAUUGCGACAUAAUUCAACAAUAUGCCAUAGAUUAGCUUAUUUUAUAUUGCGGUUUUAAGAUACUGACAUACUAAAGUGAUCUAUUAUUCGUCGGGAUUCUGAGAGUAUGGCGGUAUACGGCGGACAUGCAAGUUCUAAUGCUAAGAAUGAAAUGAAAAUGUAUUAAAUAUGUUAAGCGUUUGAAAUAUAGUUUAAAAUUUUCAGAUAAAUAGAGGUUUGUUGUUUGAUCAUUUUAUUCCUCGGGGUAAAAAUGGUAAUCCAUUCAAAUACCCCAAGGAAUACAACGGCUGAAAAUAUUGACCUAUCCUUGCACUUGCUACUGAGGUAGCAUUUUGACUGAAGAGCUAAUUCACACCAGCGGUAUAAAUAACAUUUACGCUAAAUAGCUCCGCCGUUGCACUAAACAAACCAAACGCUGUCAAAAUCCUGCCCUCAUAGCACCUGAUAGGUUCUUAAUUUUGGCCUUGAUUGAAUUAAUGUACAACUUAAAUUAACUCUCUCUAUAUAAUGUAAUAUUGAUGUGCUCUAUCGUUAGGGUUAGAAACAAAGCCAUAAGAAUUUCGUUUCAUCUAGCUAGUAGAGCUGUUAUGACUAUUAUUUAUCGCCUUCGCACCAAACAAAUAAUCUUAGACAUUUAAUAUAGUUUUAAGCCAAAAUCGAUCAACAUCUGUGCACAUACAUUGCUAUUGUGUUCACAACUAACCGUAAUUAAUAUAUAUUUUUCUCAAUUUUAUAAACAUAAUAUUGUGCAUAUAAACAGUUUCAGUGAUCUUACAAAUCAGGAUAGCACUGGUAGUUAUAAUAUAGUUGCUUAGUAUUUAUCUGAGGUAUUUUUACAUAUUUACAUCCUGAACUCUAGUAGGUACUUAUUGUUAUUGUGCUCUAAAUACACCAAAUUCUGUUAUAGCCUGUUAUUAUGUAUAUUUAAGAUAAAAAUGUGUAACAUGGUAAAUAUUACUCGUAAAAUCCAUGUCGCUAGAUUAUUAUUAAUAUGCACGACGGUACGCAAGUCGCCGAUGCUCGCCUACAUUAGCCUUCAACGUGUUGGUCACAAACACUUAAAAUAGCAGAGAGUACACAUCGAGGCUAAAUUUUAAAGUACCCGUCACGAGAAGCUAUAAAUUAUGUAAACAAACAUCUUUUACUAAGUAAACAUUUUAUACUGCGAGAUAAUAAUAAA